AUAGACAGUGCACGUAGAUAAUGCUUGUAUUAGAACUGUAAAGUUACAAAUAAAAAAGGUGUACAUUAUAACUUUGUGUCAAAUUCUACGGUCGGAACAUAUCGAAACUGAAGUUGAAUGACAGCUGUGGAUUAUUUUUCCAGGGUGCCGCGUAGGAUUUCAGGAGAGGGAGGGGCUUUUUGGUUGCUCAAUAUGGCUGCGCCCUGUGGAGAACAACAAGUGUAGAAGUGUCCGCAGUGCCUGUCCUGGCCAACCCAUUUACACAGAGCAGCAGGUUGCUGACUGUCUGUCAUUUUUAUUUGAGAGGGGGCUGUCUUCAAAGACCUCAUACCAGCGCAAUGGCAAAGGAGCAGCCAAAUGUGAAUGAACUCCUCCCGCUCCUGGAAUCAUCAGAUCUGAAUGAACUGGAUCAGAUCAAAAGUGUCCUCAAUGACCUACUUAGCACAGAGCGAGGAUCCAUGCUGGUCAAUGGUCUUGUGGAUUACUACUUUGAGACCAGCUCUCCACAGGCUGUACUCAUACUGUGCUCUGUCAGGGAGCCUCACGACAAGCCCCUCCUAGAUAAGCUGAACGAGUGCAUGGCCAAACCGGCUUGCCGGUUACACACCCUCACCCUGCUGGGACACAUCAUCCGCAAACAGCCCUCCUGGAUGCAUAAGGUCGCCCGUUUCCCUCUCCUCAUCUCCUUGCUCAAGUGUCUUAAGACUGACUCUGAUGUGUUGGUGCUAAUCACCGGAGUCCUGGUGUUGAUCACACUGCUACCCAUGAUCCCUCAGGCUGGGAAGCAGCACAUCUGGGACUUCUUUGACAUUUUUGGCCGGCUGGCUUCCUGGAGCCUGAAAAAUCCAGGGCAUGUGCCCGGGGUGUAUCUGGUCCACCUCCACGCCAGUGUCUACUCUCUCUUCCAUCGGCUGUAUGGAAUGUAUCCCUGCAACUUUGUCUCAUACCUACGCUCUCACUACAGCAUGAAGGAGAAUGUGGACACCUUUGAGGAAGUGGUGAAGCCGAUGUUGGAGCAUGUACGGAUACAUCCUGAGUUGGUCACCGGAACCAAGGACUAUGAGCUGGAUCCAUCCAGGUGGAAGAGGUUUGAAAUCCAUGACAUUGUGAUUGAAUGUGCCAAAGUGUCCCUGGACCCCAAAGAGGCAUCCUGCGAGGAGGGCUACUCCAGUAUGCCGGACCACUUCUCCAACCAUCAUUAUCACAACCACCCGCUACCCCUGGACUCCACUGCCAGUCCCUGCAAUGACUUUCUCAGCAGCUUCGGUAGUUCUGCCUCUACCCCUCUGUCAGUUGGCCGGCCUCCUCUCUCCCUGUCCUUACACCAGCUGAACCAGUCCUCCUUGUGCAGUCCCAACACCUCUCUUCAUCAGAACCAACACUGUGAUGUCAACCCCGCUGGAAAUAAAGGGUUGAUGUGGAGUCCGUCCUCGGAGUGUGAAAUGACCACACCUCCCACCUCCAGGGGCAUCUCCCCAGCAAAUGUUCCAGAGCUAUACCAAAGUGCCUCCCAAGCCCCCAGCCGAACAGCCACUGCAUCAGGUGGGAAAUGUCUCAGUUCUGCCCAGACUAAUGCAGAUGAUUUGGAGCAUGCGAGUUUAUGCUCUAAUACAACCAACCAGCUGAAGCAAAAACUGACCACAGAAGCGGAGAGAGCGACCCCCGAGGUCAGCGGCAGCGAAGACGCUACAACAAAGAACAUGUUUUUGACUGAGGUCUCAGACUACAUCAAAGAUCAGGACCUGGACAUGAGGCAGAGGAUGGAGAAGGAACAAAACGAUGGUGAGCUACGAGACCUGGCAGAGAAGCACCAGGCAACAGGGUCAUACCACUCCUUCCACAGCACUACAGAGACCGUAACCCAGCCUGAGGAUGAAGAAAAGAAGAUCCUCCCCUCCAUCAACCAGGGCCUCUUCAAGGAUCCCCAGCAUCUGGUGUCCACGCCUGACAACAGUGAGGGUUCUGUGGGGGGAGGGGACUCACAGUUCCCUUGGUCCUUCCGACCGUGCUUCACCCCCAUCGACAACCUUGGUCAUGGCUUUGGCUUGUCUCAGAGCCCCUACCGAGGUGUGGAUGAGAGGCGCUCUGGCUUGGUUGGCCUAUUCUCCUCCCCGAGUCACUUCGGGGACCAGGCGCCUCCAGUCUAUGAACCUCUUUUCGAGCUGGCCCUGCCCAGGGCCGCCUCUCUGUUUGUGUGGAGGAAGACGGCGGAGGCGCUGGCGCAGAGGGCCGUCAGCGAUGUGGGGGAGAGGGAUGAUAGCAGGGGGCAGGAGGAUGGGAACGAGGCGGCACACAUCUCCCCGCUGGAUAUCCUGGAUCGCCUCAUUCAGCACGGCAACGAGACCUAUGACAAAGUGCUCAAGAGAUUGCCCAUGCCAAACAAGUCUGUGGACUGGACACACUUUGGAGGUAAACAGAGUGUAAAAGCUAAAGGCGCCACCCCACUGGACGAACUGCACACACUACGCAGUCAGCUCCUUCUGCUCCACAAUCAGGUCCUGUAUGAGCGCUACAAGAGAGAGCAGCACGCCAUCCGCAACCGCCGCCUUCUCCGACGCAUCAUCAACGCCACGGCCAUGAAGGAGCAGAACAACUCCAUGAAGGCACAGCUGAAGAUGCAGGAUGUGGAGAUCCAGUCCCUGCAGGCCAGCCUGCUGCAAGAACAGCAGCGCUGCCAUCGCUUGAAGGAAGACGCGGAUGCCGAGACGGCCUGCCUCCGCAGCCAGAUUCAGCAGCUGCAGCGGGACCACGAUCAGUACCUCGCCAAGGCUGAACAGCUGCAGAGUGAGCUACAGGAAUGCCAAAGCAACAUAGGAGAGCUGGAGGCAGAACUACAGAAAGCCAACAAUGAAGCAUACAACACUGAACACCAGCUCACUCAGCUGACCUUCAAGCUAACCAACAGUGAAGCUCUUCAACAGCAGAUGUACCUAUUGAACAAACAGCUGCUUCUGCUGGGAGAGACCAAAAAACUGUGCCUGCAGAAGUUACAAUGCUUGGGACCAGAGGGCAACACGGAGCUCCAGAUGUUGCAGUCGUCUACGGGCAAAGAGCAGGAGCGUCUUCAUCAGAGUAUGCGUCAACAGAGCCAGGGGCUGGAAGCAGCCCAGCAGCGCAUCGGGGACCUGGAAGCCCAGCUGGCCAAGAAGGAGCACCUCAUCCUAGAACUAAAGAAGUUUCUGGAGGACGUCAAGAGCCAGGCCAAGAGCCAGCUGCAGGCCUCGGAGUGUAGGUACCUGGCCCUGCGGCGGAUUACCCAAGCACUCCAGACAGAGAUGCUGCAGCUCUACAGCCAGCUGGACACCGACACAGUGACUGCCAACCAGAGCCUCUCUGACUCGGACGCCAUUGAGCCCUCCAGCGCUCGUCCUCCCACUGGCACCUCCAGGCCAAAUGUAAGUAGUAGUGAGACUGUGCCAACUGCCCAAGGCAGCGCCGACCGAAGCACCCAAGUGUUGCCGCCUGGCAAUGAAAGCACUUUAACUACAGAGGGAGGUGCUCAGAUUGUCGCUGCUUCUGCAAACCUCAACGGCAGUCUGGAACGGCAGGUCCCUCUCCUGUCAGAGCUGUCCCCGCCUUGCCUGGUGUCCACACCGUUCUCAGUCUCCCCCGUUGCAACCCCCUUUACCGUGGGCUCCUACCCCAGUGACAAGAGCUUCCUGGGCAUGCACGCCCGCGAGCUCUUCCGGAAUAAGAGCGAGAGCCAGUGCGACUGGGACACGGAGUCCCAAAUGAUCCAUUUCAGAGGCCUCUCUCAGGGCCUGAGCGGUGGGGAGGAGGAUAGCACCGAGGAUAGCACCGCCCAGGGUGGCAACCCCGCUAGUUCAGCUGUUGCUCCUGCUCUGCUCCAGGGCUCCACUCAACCAGCUGCAGACCGUGAGUCCCCCCAAUCAGACAGCCAGCAGCUCAGGGCUCAUCAUGGGCAAGGUGCCAGGCCCACGGCAAGUGCUGCCGCUGCCGCCCGCCAGAGGAGGAACAACAUGCGUAUCAUGGACUACAACGAAAUGCAGCAGUAGCACGCCUGACGAAAUCGUGUGUGUGUGCGUGUGUGUAUGUGUGUGCGUGUGUGUAUGUGUGUGUGUGUGUGUGUGUGUGUGUGUGUGUGUGGGGGGGGGUUGUGGGUGGGGAUGGGUGUUGGAACAGCUGCUAAUGAGAAGCCAUGGUAACAACGCGUAACAAAAGGUAAAACGCAGUGUUAUUUUCUCCUGCUUUCUCCAGUAGAUGGUAGCAUUUAGGCUCAGUUGUAUACACAUUAAUGAAAAGAUAAAAUCCCUAGACAAGGGAAAAUAAGCACACUCAUGCUAUUCAACUUUGCCCUUAUAAUUUAAUUCUUGAAUGUAUUCUGUCGAAGGGCCACCAUAAUAUGAUCUGAAUGAAGUAUUCGACAGUGAACCUAAAAUUGAUGACUCGUGGCAAGUACCAUCUUAUCAAAUUGGUCUGUUGGCUGCAUCUCCAGGCUACAUCCUUUUGUGUGAGCUUUGCGUGAGGUAAUAUGAAUAAUGGCAGCAUCGGGAAAGCGAGCGAGAUAAUCUUUUAUGUUAGAAAGUGUUUUAAUAAGCUAUUUAUUUAUUGUGUCGCACACCCCAACCUAGAAUGGCCUGACCUUUUUCAGUGGUGCGUCUUGAUUUGACGUUUCUGCUGUGUUUUGUGGGCUCUACUCACUAGUGCAAUACUUUUCUCGAAUGACACUUCAGGCCAUGAAAUAAUCUCGUUUCUUUUUUUUUUUUUUGCUGCUUGGUUAAAGGCCUCACAGCCUCAGCUUUUCAGAACAUUUUCAGAGUUGGUCCCAAACAUUUCCCUCCCCAAAAACACUGAGUGCCUCUUGUUUUGAAAAGCUAGUUCUUCAAAUGGUUUCGCCAAUCAUUACAAUAAUCAAUGGAUAUAAUUUAUCAUAAAUUAGACAAGGAGGUGAAUAGAAGCUCAAAACAAAUUAAGAAGUGACUUAUUGUUGACUUGUCGAUAAAAUACUUGCUUUGUCACCAUCACAAUGUUUCACAGCAAUAAUUUAACUGGUCUGGUCUAGGUUCAAGCAGAAUCUCUAGCUUGAAACUCUGCUGAUCUCUUGAGGUACAAACAUUCACUUGGAGUUAGACUAGAGAUAAUGACCAGAGAUACUAUUUUCUUGGUUUCUGUAGUUACACAUUGCCCCAUGGCAUUCACCAUGGGGUUACACAUUACCCCAUGGUGUUUUGUGCUCUUUUUGAUAUUCAGUGCCUUAAUGGCUGCACACAACUGCCAGAACUAUAUCCUUGUUUGAGACUCUUAAUGGCGCUUUUUUGAUGUCAACAUGGCAUUGACAUUGGGGGGACAAACUUACCAUUGUUAACGCCCAGAGCUUUUAUUAAAGUUAGUGAGAAUGGCAUUAACUUCCUACAGUAUUUUAGCACUGUAGCUACAUGCCUUGUUGGUGCAUGCCAUUAUCUACAUUGUAAAGUCGUUUGCUGCAGUGCAAUGAGAAUGACCUGAUAAGGGCAAACGCAAACCUGUCUAAUAAUCCUCUAGCUUUUCUUUUUUUUUGUUAGGGCUUUAGUGGUUCAAUUUGGCACACGUUCCUCACACUUACGUUAAUGUCCCUCUUUACAGAGGUCCUUCUUCACCCAAUGUCUUUAAAAUGAAUCAGGGGUCAUAUAUUGUGUUCUAAAUGUAGACCUAUCAUGAAUUUUUGUUUGUUGCCAUACCACUGUUAGUUGUCAUCUUAGAGGGCAAUAAUUGUUUUUCCUACAGUUUUCCUUCUCUGAAGCUUUCAAGCCUUUCAGUUAAAAUGGUCACAUACCCAUUAAAACCAGCUUUAACUUUCAAAAAAAUCUUCAAAGCAUGUCAGUUUUAAGUGUUUCUCCUACUCGCCAUUUUAUCAAGCAUGUAAAUCAAUGUUAAAGGAGAAUUUAACUUUUUUCAAUGUUAAGUUUUUCAUUACCUUGAAAGUAGUGUUCAAAAUCUGUUGUUAAUUUUUCUUUAGACAUCCAUUAAAAAACAAACUUAACCAGCACUGGUUAAAAUCUAUGACAGUAAUUGGGGUACGUAAGCAUGUUCUUUUUAAUUGCCUCUUCAAAUGUAGGUGAGGUAACAUCAAACCAAAUAUGGAGUUGAUUUCAGGUAAACAUGCUCACAUCCCCCUGUUACCACUUAGAUCUUUAGCUAGCAGCUAAAUCUGACAUUUGUAAUGGCUGUUUAAAGGACUUAACCAUCGAUUACAUGUUUUGGCUCAUUGACCAUCUAACAUCAAGUAACAAAGUUAAAUUGUCCUUUAAACACCAUUACAAUAAGGAAUCUAUGGUACAGUGAAUCUGACAGUAUGUUAACUAAGACUUAUGAGAGGUUCUGAUUACAAACGUUCUGGUAAUAUAAAAGGAAAAAAAACUUGUUAACUGUGAACAGUAUAAAUAAAGAAAAUUAAAUAUU